UUCGCCGAAGAGUUUCUGCGACGAAGCUACUUUUAGUUUGAAGUGCUCACGCCACUGCUAGCAAGCACUGGCUCGUUGUUCAUGGUUUGGGUGGCGGAGCAAAGCCUUUCUUACGUUACUACUCUUUGGCCCAUGCAAAUUGUUAGUGGCGGAGGAAUCCAGGCACGGCUUUUGUCGUAUGUACGGAUAAUCACAAUAAACUCGUCGCUAGCGCUAGCGCUCUCUCUUUCUCAUUCAGCCACUUCAGUCUUCAUGUACUAGUACCUUCAUGGGUGAGCUGGCCUAGCGCUUGCCAUUUGCCGUAUUUUUGUUGGUCCGUUGUAGUCGUAGCAGGCUGGUUUGUUGCCUUAUAUUAUGUGAGUGCACCUAGGAAUCUGGGACCAAGACUGCAAGAGAAGUACUGUUACUUCGAUAGACUGGGACAUUCGCAAGAGAAGAAGCUGAGCGGCUGUGGAUGAUAUCGCUAGGGGGACGCUUCUCGCACAGUCGUUAGCCUGCUCCGUAGCCGUCGCUAUUGGAAGCCCAUGUGCGCUGUUCGCUCGCACUGCCAAUAUUUCCCCGUCGGGCUGGUCGCUACCGCCGCACGGCCUCCGUCCUCCCAGUGUCCACCAGCCGUUAGAGUAAGCGCACGCGGGUACGCUAGGGAGCACUGCUGCUCGCUCUCCUUUCGCCCCGCUGUGGAGCUGCGAGGUCUGCGGGACCUUCGCGAAUUCGGCUUGUCCCGGUAGAGCCGACCCAGAAGUAGUGUUGGUGCUUCUGCGCUUCGUGUCAGCGCAGCGUGGCUGCGGCGAAGCGAGAGAGGGGAACAACAGAGGCGCAGGAAAUCCACCGUGAGCGCGCACGAUGUGCGACGUACUUCCUGCGUUGAUGGAGACGGGAGAGGAGCAAUCGGAUGACGAGAAUGGAGGAGAGGCGAGCGGCGGACGGAACGACGUGACAGGCUUCGAGCAACUGAUGAUGAACAUGCUGGAAGAGCGCGACAAACUCAUGGAAAACCUGCGUGAGACCAGGGAGCAGCUAAACGAGGCCAAAGCCAAGGUGGAGGAGGCAGCAGCGGAGAAAACCGUACUGUUCCAGCACAUCCAGCGCGCCAUGCCCGAGUCUCAGCAGGAGUGCUUACAGCUGCUGGACCAGGUACAACACACUGAUCGCUGGAACGGCGAGCUGAGUGCGGACGAGCGUCGCAGCGUACUCGCCGAGGAGUUCAUGCAGCUGGCCAAGAUGUUCACCGCACAGCAGCACGCCAUCGAGGAGCGCAACGAGGAGAUCGGCGAGCUGAAGGCCGAGCGGAGGAACACGCGCCUGCUGCUGGAGCACCUCGAAAGUCUGGUCGGGCGCCACGAACGAACGCUGCGCAUGACCGUAGUGCGACGGCAAGCCAACGCCCAGAGCGGAGUGUCGUCGGAGGUGGAGGUGUUGAAGGCACUCAAGUCGCUAUUCGACCAUCACAAAGCCCUGGACGAGAAAGUGCGCGAGCGACUGCGCGUUGCCAUGGAGAAGGCGAGCAUGCUGGAGGAGGAGCUGACGGCGGUGAACAGCGAGCGAGAGGCACUGCUCGAACGGAAUGAGGCCCUGGAAUUCCGCUUGCAAGUGGCCAUGGAGGUGGGGCCCGGAAAGGAGAACGGCGAAACCGAGCAGACGGAGAGCGACAGUGGGUUGGGCCGCAGUGCGGGCAGCACCAGCGGUAGCUCGUCCAGUCAGCUUCUGCUCAAGCAGCUCGAGGAGCGGCACAAGCACGUCGAGGAGCUUCGCAAGCAUCGCGACGAGCUGACGUACCGCGUGACGGAUCUUGAGGACGAUCUAAAUCAGCUGCGCUUGGCCAACGAGCAGCUGACGCAACGCCUGAAGGAGCGCAACCCGAGCAGCGACCUGAUGACGGCGCAGGACGGCAAGACGCCCGUGUACGAGCUGGAGAGGACGCGGUCGCGCCUCAUGGCCGAGCAGUCGGCACUGCGCAACCAGCUGGCGUCGCGCGAGCAGAGCAUCCAGCACUUUGCCUCGCGCUGCCAGGCCCUGGAGGAGCGACUGCGCCAGGUGAAGAAGCUGACGCCGUACUCGAAUGAGGAGGUGCACAAGCUGCUCGACAUUGGCUCCAGAACGAUAGACAACGGGCACGUCAAGCCGAAUACGUAUGCGUCAACGCCCGAACCGCUAGUUAUGUCCCCGCCUGAUCCAGAUCGACCGCGCUCUGCGCUACAUUUGGCACGGCGCGGUACACCAACUGUGUGGAGCGAGCCCAUCAUCAACUUCUCCUAUCACGAGUUGAAAGGCGACCUGGCAUCAACGGACGGCUCCGCACACAGUCCACGGGCGGGCAGAAAGGCGAUGUCGUUAGCUCCACCGGAUGCUCUCGUUACCGACACCACCAGCAUGGGGUCUGUUCCCAGUCAAACGUCCGGGCCUGUCCUUGCUUCAGCUCGCACUCCCAGCCCAACUGUCACGUCCGAGUCUAGCAGCAUUGAGUUGAACCACUCCGGCAGCUCACUGCAUGCGCGCAAAGACAGCGUGAAGAGUCACACAUCCACCAAGUCAUCGGGCUUUGGGCGAUUCUUGCCGCGGCGCAACAGCACGAAAUCAAUGGGAUCGAUGCCUUCGCCGAAAACCAAGUCUCCUUCCAAGAAGCACAAGAAGAAGAAAGUGCACGGGACCGUCACCGAGGAGGAUGAGACGGACGGUGGAUCCGCACCCGUCCUCAGUCAAGACCUUCAGCAGCAAGUCAUAGACGCUAGCCUUACGCCUGGCCAGGACGGCGCGGCCAGCUUGCGUCGCCCGCGCACUCUCAGCACGCCGUCCCGGCUGAUGACGCACCAGACCAAGGAGGAGGUGUUCCAUCGCGCUGUACGGGAGGACCGCUCGUUCAUGGAGUGGGGCACCGAGCAGGUGCUGGCCUGGCUGGAGGUCUACGUCAACAUGCCCAAGUGGUACAUCUCUGCGUGCCACGCCAACGCCAAGAGUGGCGCGUUCAUGGCGGGCCUGUCGGAGCGCGACAUGGCGCGCGACCUGGGCAUCCAACACCCGCUGCACCGCCUCAAGCUGAAGCUGGCCGUGCAGGAGAUGGUCGCCGUCACCAGCCCCGCCGUGUCGUCGCGCGCCCGCAUGAACUGCCUGCUCUUCGGGGAGAUGGACACCGAGUGGGUGUGCGAGGUCUUCCUGGCCGACAUCGGCAUGCCGCAGUAUGCGCCGGCGUUCCGCGAGUGCCUGAUCGAUGGCCGCAUGCUCAGCAACCUCUCCGUCAAGGACCUGCGCAACUUCACCAAGAUGGUGGAGGAGUUGCAUCACAUGAGCUUCCAGUGUGCCGUGGCGCUCAUCAAGAAGAUUAAUUACGACAUGGCCGUUUUGUUGCAUCGGCGGCAGGCCUGCCAGGGACGCAGCAGCGACGUCGUCGUCUGGACCAGCGCGCGCGUGCACGAGUGGGUCUGCUCGAUCGGCCUGAUGACGUACGCCGACCGCCUGCUGGACUGGGGAAUUCACGGCGCGCUGGUCGCCCUGGAGCCGACGUUCACGGCCGACGCAUUCGCCGCGCUGCUGCAGAUUCCGUCGUCGGACUCGGAGGCGCUCGAAAUCCUGCGACGCGAGUUCUUCGACCUGCUCAGCGCCGUCCCGGAGCGCCAAGAGCGCUUCAAGAUGCCGGCACAGGGCACGCUGGACCAAGCGUCGUUGAGCCGCGUGUGGAAGAGCACGCGCCGCAAGAAGCACAAGUCAAAGCGCCAGAAGGCCGAGUCCGCGUCAAAGGAGCACGCGGCUAAGAGUGCAGCGGCGGCGGCGGGAAGUGCGGACGGUGAGACUGAGAAGAGUUGAGAUGCAUAGUGUGUUGUAUUGCUGACCAGCCUGUACAGUGUGCACGCCACCUCACUGAGCGAUACAAUGUCGCAGCCAGUGGAGGUAGGGCGGUUGAAUUUCGGUGUUUCUGACUUUCUGGAUUGUUCAAGAACUUGAAGAAAAAUGUCGCCUUGUUUUUUUGUUCCUGUUGACGUGUUUCCGACUUUCCGUUGUGGACUGCAGAAAUGUUGAUAGAAAUUGUCCUAAUCUAAGUAAAGCAUGCAUACACCCAGCUGUGCAGACUGUGACACGUGAGUUACCAGUCAUCCAAGACACCUGCUUUUGCUUAGCUCUGCGGAGUCCUAUUUUUUCCAAGUUCGCCUUGGUCCCAUAUUUGAUUUCUCCUGCUUUUCAGUAGCGAUCCCGAUGCUCAGUGACCUCGGCCAUGUACUGUAGUUGUACAUAGUUUUUACACCCUGCCUCCCCCCUCCUCUCUCUAACCCCCGCUCUGCAAGGCACACGUCCUCAAAAACAUAGUGUGUUAGAGGGAAGCCUCUGACGGAGAGCUGCAGUAGCUCGUCCCGUGUUUGGUCAGAGAACCUGGUCCAGUGUAACGUACCUUUUCUUCUUCUUUUGUAUUCGGCCUUCUUGCUGUACAUUCAGGCGGUGCUUCUCUCAGAGAUUUAUAUUGUUUGUGUCUUGUACAAAUCGAUACCGUGCUAUCCUAAUCAGGUACCUCUCAAGUGGAAUUAACUAUUUUUUUCUCGCUGCCCAUUUUGUUUUCUAUGAUCAGGCGUAUCAAUGGCUAGCAUAUUAUCUUCUACUUAAUAACCAUUGCCGAAGAGUAUCUAACAUAAUACCAACACCACGUCAAAGCUGA